AUGGCACCCAGCUUGCGGCCCUUUGUUAGGGCAAAGGUUGAUUUCUUUUCGCCAGAGAAAAAGGACCAACAUGUCCGAUCUCUCCCCGAACUGAUUGACUUCAACUCGAUUCACAACAAAGACCACGUGUUUUGCAUCCAAGCUCAACCGGAUGAUUCUUUCGUAAAAGUCACAUGCAGACAGUUCAAAGCAGCCAUCACUCGAUGUGCCCACUGGAUCACCGAGACGAUCAAACUGCCUCUAGCAACCGUUUCCGAGAAUGGCGAGACUAAACGGGCACCUCCGUUGGUUCUGUCAGCUCGCCUCAGCCCUGAGGCCGUCUUCCAUCUGGUUAAGACUACGCAAGCGGCAGGCAUUGUUGUUUCACAGCGGGUUAGCGAGCAUCCUGCCUUUAGCAAAGCAAAGGCGGUUAUGCAAUUCCAUGUCGGCCGUCCAUACUCUGCUUUGUACACUAACGACGAUUCUGCCCCCGCGGACAACCACACGGUCUACCCAGAGGAUGUAGACCGGGACAUUCUUCUGAUGCACUCAUCAGGAACUACGGGACUGCCUAAGCCAAUUUCUUUGACUCAUCGGCAGCUCGUAUUUGCCAUCAGCCACGGCGCGUUUGACACCGAGGAAGAAGCACAGGGAGUCAACAUCUCCACACUCCCGCUCUUCCAUGGCUUUGGUCUACUUGCACCAGGGUUGUCCAUGUCAAUUGGAAAAACAGUCUGUUUCCCAUCUCCUGACCGCUUUGCCAAUGCCCAACAUAUUGUGCAACUGAUAGAAUCAAGCAACGCGGCAGGUAUGAUGACAGUGCCAUUCCUGCUUGAAGAUAUUGUUUCUCUUCCAAAUAGCGAAGGCACUACAGCACUGGCAAAGUUGGACUUCGUUGCAACAGGAGGUAGUGCCCUGAGUACUGGCACUGGAAAGACUCUCACUACAAGUGGAGUGAAGCUCUUGAACCUCUACGGCACGACCGAGACGGACAUGCAUUUUGAAAUCUCAGAGCUUGAGCCAUAUAACGGCGAACGAAGGUUCCGGCUGACCAUAUUCCCCUUUGGUGCCUCGAAACCCUUCGAGAUCGCUGACCAGCUUAUCCGCAACGAGGAGUUUCCGGAAACCGACUUUGCCGCCGUUGGUCGGGAUGACGACGUGAUUGUCCUUGCGACAGGAGAAAAAGUGAACCCCCUACUCCUAGAGACUGGAUUGACUCAAUCGGGGUUGGUGAAGUCCGCUAUUGUUUUUGGAGCUGACCGGUUCGAAAUCGGUCUGAUCGUGGAACCCCUUCAGCCAAUCUCUGAAGAAUCAGAAAAGGAAGAAUUGAAAAAUAAAAUUUGGCCUAGCAUUGUCCAAGCAAACGAACGCAUGGACACCACUGCGAGAAUCUAUUCACCAAGCUCUAUAAUUGUUGUGCCGCCCGGUGUUGUAGUCCCCCGAACUGACAAGGGCUCAAUGGCGCGUAAAGAGGUCUAUCAACUGCUGGAGAAAGAAAUCGGUCAGGUUUACGAAAAUGCAGACCAAAGUGCUAUUCCGGUGACACCAUUGGACUACGAAAAUCUGGAGAAAAGUCUGAAAGAGUUAAUACAGACACGCCUAAAUCUCCAUGUCAAAGAUGACAACUGGAGUGCCGAAACAAACCUGUUUGAUCUCGGAUUGGACUCUUUGCAAGGCACAAUUCUUAGGCGAAUGCUUCUCUCUGCUGCCUCGAAAACACCCCCUGAAAUUAUUGGAAGGGAUUUCAUCUUCGUGAACCCAUCGAUCACCGCCAUCGCAAGCGUCCUCCGAGAUCCAAGUUCUGCUGCCACUUUAGCUGAUUCUCCGACCCAGGAGAUCCAGCGACUUACUCAGCAGUAUUCCCCAAAGAACAUUGUUAUAAAUCAAGCUCAGCUCUCUUCCGGAGCGGUGGUUCUCCUGACGGGCUCGUCUGGUAGCCUGGGAUCCCAUGCCGUUGCCGAACUUGCGAGCUCAAAAGAAGUCGCAAAGGUCAUUUGCCUAUUAAGAAAGGGUGCCAGCGAUAGUACCACAACGGGCCAUGACCACAAAUCUGUUCUUGAGUCUCGAGGGAUUCAGCUAUCAGGUGAACAAUGGGCAAAGGCCACCAUUAGAGAGUGUGACCCAACAAAGGAGAAUCUUGGACUACCUGACGCCAUUUACGCCGAACUCGCAGAAUCUGUUACUCACGUCCUUCAUGCAGCCUGGCCCAUGAAUUUUCACAUGAGCCUAUCGUCUUUCACCUACCAAUUUGACUUCUUGAACAACCUCCUGCGACUAACAUUGUCCAGAAAUACAGUAUUACCACGCCAGAAAACCAAAUUUGUGUUUAUUUCUUCAAUUGCUGCACUCGCAAAUAUCGGACUCGCCAGUCCUGGUCAGAUAAUCCCAGAGGCGUCUCUUCAAGUGGGCGAGAGCGCCUGCGGAAUCGGCUACGCUGAUGCAAAGUUGGUCUGCGAAAAGAUCUUAGAAGAAGCUGCACAACUGCAUUCCGCUAGGAUAGCGUUCUCCAUUAUUAGAUGCGGACAAUUGGCUGGUUCAAAGAAGACUGGUGCAUGGAACACAAACGAGCAGAUUCCCAUGCUUGUGAAAACAUCACAGACUAUGGGCAUUAUGCCUGAACUAAAUGGAACGGCCUCUUGGAUCCCUGUGGACGACGCUGCCGCCGCUGUUUCGGAGAUCCUCCUGGCGCCGGAUACUCCGAGCCUUUUUGCCCAUAUUGAGAACCCAGUCAGGCAAGCCUGGAGCGAUAUAGUGCAAACAUUAGGCAAGGAGCUAAAUAUACAAGACUCUCUUCCUUUUGACCAGUGGCUUGACAAGCUGGCCUCGGUCGAUGAGAAAGACUCCGAAGCCUAUCCAGCCAAAAAGCUCCACCAGUUCUUCAAACUUUAUUUCCGAACUGCAUCCUGCGGAACAGUGAUUAUGGGUACUGACAACGCUCGUCGAAUUUCUAGAAGUUUGCGUGGACUCACUGUCCUAGACGAUGGAACGGUGAGUGGGUAUGUGCACUACUGGAAGAAGUCGGGAUAUCUGCACUAG